AUGAAGCGGGCCGUCGCCCGCGCCUGGAGGGCGGGCUGGCACUACACGCAGGAGCGUGGCCUGCAGACCUCCGCGUACGUGGCUCAGCAGGCAGCCCCGCAGCCUGACACGAUCGAGGUGUUUGUCAACGACCAGCCCAUCCAGAUCCCCAAAGGUUUUAGCGUGCUGCAGGCCUGCGAUGCAGCCGGGAUUGACAUUCCCAGGUUCUGCUACCACCAGAGGCUUUCAGUGGCGGGCAACUGUCGCAUGUGCCUUGUGGAGGUGGAGAAGAGCCCCAAGCCUGUGGCGUCGUGCGCCAUGCCUGCUGGGCCGGGCAUGAAGAUCAAGACGGACACGCCGCUGGUCAAGAAGGCACGGGAGGGCGUCAUGGAGUUCUUGCUGAUCAACCACCCGCUGGACUGCCCGAUCUGCGACCAGGGUGGCGAGUGUGACCUGCAGGACCAAGCCAUGAUCUUUGGCUCCGACCGCAGCCGCUUCACAGAGAUGAAGCGCUCCGUUCAUGACAAGAAUGUGGGCCCGCUGGUCAAGACGGUCAUGACGCGCUGCAUCCACUGCACGCGCUGCGUGCGCUUCAGCACCGAGGUGGCGGGCGUGCAGGACAUGGGCGUCACGGGCCGCGGACGCGACAGCGAGAUCGGCACAUAUGUUGAGAAGCUGCUGUCCAGCGAGCUCUCCGGCAACGCCAUCGACCUCUGCCCCGUGGGCGCGCUGACCUCCAAGCCCGCGGCCUUCACGUCGCGCCCCUGGGAGCUCAAGACCACGGAGAGCAUCGACGUGUCGGACGCGCUGGGCGCCAACAUCCGCGUCGACAGCCGCGGCGCCGAGGUUAUGCGCAUCGUGCCGCGGCUCAACGAGGCCGUCAACGAGGAGUGGAUCAGCGACAAGGCGCGCUUUCAGUAUGACGGCCUCAAGAGGCAGCGGCUCAACCUGCCCAUGGUCAAGGGCGCCAACGGCCAGCUGCAGCCCGCCACCUGGGGCGAGGCGCUCGCCGCCGUCCGGGCCGCCGCGGCCGGCAAGUCCGGCACCCAGCUCAAGGCCAUCGCGGGCAAGCUGGCAGACGCCGAGUCCAUGGUGGCCCUCAAGGACCUCUUCAACCGCCUGGGCAGCGGCAACCUGUGGCACGAGGGCGGCUUUGCCGACCUGAGCGCCGACCUGCGCGCGACCUACGUGGCCAACACCACUGUUGCCGGUCUCGAGCAGGCGGACGUGGUGCUGCUGGUGGGCACCAACCCGCGCGUGGAGGCGCCGGUGUACAACGCGCGGCUGCGCAAGGCCUACCUGGACGGCUGCAGGUUCGGGCUGGUUGGGGAGGCGGCCGACCUGACCUACCCCUACGAGCACCUGGGGGCCGACGCCGCGGCGCUGGCGGCGCUGAAGAAGGGGAGCCCCUUCUAUGAGGCGCUCAAGGCGGCCAAGCGGCCGGUGGUCAUCGUCGGACCUGGCGUGCUCAACAGGCCCGACCGCGACGCGCUCGUCAAGGCACUGCACAGCCUGGUGGAGGGCGCCCUGGUGGUGCGCGACGACGGCUGGAACGGCUUCAACGUGCUGCACGACUCCGCCUCGCGCGUCGCCGCGCUCGACAUCGGCUUCGCGCCCUCCGCCGCGUCGCGCGCCCCGGGCGCCAAGCCGGCCGAGUUUGUCUACCUGCUGGGCGCCGACGAUUACGACGCGGCCGCGGUGCCGGACGGCGCGUUUGUGGUUUACCAGGGCCACCACGGCGACAAGGGCGCCGCGCGCGCCGACGUGGUGCUGCCCGGCGCGGCCUACACCGAGAAGAGCGGGACGUACGUCAACCUGGAGGGCCGCGUGCAGCGCACGCGCGCGGCGGUGCCGCCUGUGGGCGACGCGCGCGAGGACUGGAAGAUCCUGCGCGCGGUGAGCGAGGCGCUGGGGGCGCCGCUGCCCUACGACGACGUCGACGCGGUGCGGCGGCGGCUGGCGGACGUCGCGCCGCACCUGGCGGUCGUGAGCGAGGCGCAGCCCGCGGUGUGGAUGAACGGCCACUACGCCCGCACGCUCGACGGCGCCAAGCCGGCGGCGGCCGGCCCCCUGCGCACCACGAUCGAGUCGUUCUUCCAGACAGACGCCAUCAGCCGCGCCAGCACCACCAUGGCCAAGUGCGUGCAGGCGCGCCAGACCAUGAACUACUAG